AUGCCUCUGGAUGCAGCCGCCUUGAAGCGACUGCCAGGCGUUCAAUGGCAGCAACCGCCACCCUUAGCAGGCUAUCCUCAAAUGAUCCCACAGUCUGCCGGCCAGCCAAUCGCCGCACCCUGUCUCCCCGGGCAGCUGCAACAGACACCGCAAGUGUCCGGUGCAGGAUGGUCACUGCCUCGAUUAGGCGCUUUCGCGCUGAAGGGCAUUGACAGUCCCAUUGUCUUGAACGAGCUGCGCCUUUUCGACGACAGAGGCGUCAGCGAGACCUUCCCUGAACCAAAGACAAAAGGACGUGUGUCGAAUUGA